GGCAGAAUACUUUGCUGCACGAGACUGGAUAGCCAACACGAUGGACUUCAACAAAGAUACUGACGUGAACUUGUUUGAAUGCACGAUACGGGUGUUGGGUUCAAUGCUGAGUGCUUACCAUCUUACCAAGGAUGAAAUAUAUAAAGUUAAAGCUAUAGACAUUGGUGAACGUCUCCUACCAGCUUUAUCACGAUCCGUAUCAGCCGUUCCUUACUCUGAUGUCAACCUUAAAACAGGGAACACACACGCCCCUAAAUGGGGUCCCGAUAGCACAGUGUCCGAAGUGACUACGAUCCAAAUCGAGUUCCGCGAUUUAUCUUUUAUCACCGGGAACCCCAAGUACAAGGACGCGGUUGACCGGGUAUCUUCCCAUAUAGCUUCGUUGAACGGAAAGAAAGAUGGUUUGAUCCCGAUGUGGGUGAACGCAAAUACGGGGUUGUUUAGACCGGGGGGUACGCUAACUGUGGGUGCUCGCGCCGAUAGUUAUUAUGAAUAUCUACUUAAACAAUGGAUACAGGUUUGUGUAGUGUAGUGGUUGCAGUUUACAGU